AUGUAUGUACGGUCAUAUAUAGGAAUAGUAACCAGAAAUUUCUUUAUUUCAAUAGUUAAAAUAUGAUCAGGGUAUCUUGAACGUGUAUUUCCGUAAGCAACAUUCUUAAUUAUUUUUUCUUCGUUAUGGUUCGAGAGCGAAAGGGGAUGGCUCGCAUUAGUAUUCUUUCUCGACUUCUUCGAGAUGGUGUGAAUUGUAAACGUGUUCAUUUCGAAUAACUUUGAAUAAUUGUCGAUUCUCUGAACUCUACGAGCUUACGUAUACUAUAUGAUCAGAUGAUCUGGCAUAGUGUGUGAAAGUGGAAUGAGGAGUUUAUGGUGCACCUCGUGCCCGGUCUGUCAACGCCGAUUUCAUUUGUUCGUAACAAACAAAUUCGGUUUAAUUUAGGCAUUGAUAUGGCCAGUGGUUUGAAACCCGAAUGUUCCUUUCUAUCGUGGUAUCCACAAUUUCGGAAACAUUCUUUGGAAGCUACGAUUCUUCAUAUUCCUAACGAAGUAGUAAAGUAUUUGCAACACGAUGCGUUUAUAUUACCCUUCGAAGCAAGAACCCAUGGAUUAGAAAGCGCAAAAUGGACAGAUGGUUCCCCGGUAGUGGACGAAGAGCCUCAGCUUGAACUUGAACCAAUGUUUCAAGGAUUCAGUCGAAAGAUACAAGACAUUAUAGACGAUUACGGUGCAGUUUUUAUUAAAUGCAAUUGGAGUUCACCUUCGGAUGCAACCUGGGUCGUGCCUACAAAAACACUCAAAUGUAAAACAUUGGAAGACAUAUAUUUAUUACUAAAGAGUUCGGAUAGAAUUAUGGAUGAUUUGAACAAUGUUAGAAAUUAUGAGAAUCGUGGAAUUCCUUUAAAAGCUUGUCUUGUAUUGAAGAAAUGGCAGGAUAUCAAUCCCUGUACAGAAUUUCGAUGCUUUGUCAUUGAAAAUGAACUUACAGCGAUCAGUCAACGAGAUAUAUCGCAGUACCACAGCUACAACGAAUCGGAGAAAUAUAAUAUACAAACAGAUAUCGAAAGCUUGUUUAUGGAACGUAUUAAAGACAGGUUUCUAUUGAACAAUUAUUCGUUUGAUGUUGUACGCAACAAGAAAAAUGAAACAAUGAUAGUUGAUUUUGGUACUUUGGAUGAAUCUGCUACCGAUGGAACCCUUUUCACGUACGAGGAAUUACAAAAUAAAAUAAACGACACGCCGGAAUUUCGAUUCAUCGGCGAGGAGAUCGGUAUACAACCGAAAUCUUCAAAUUAUUGUUGCAUUCCGCAAGAAAUAAGCGAAUUCUUUCAAUGGAACAAAAGUUCCGCGUUUCUCGAUAUCAUUCAACGAAAAGUGGAAAGUCAACAAAAAGAAGGUGAAAGCACAGACGCUGAUGCUUUGGAUAAUGUUUGAAAAAAUUAACUUCGACGAAAGACAUAAGUGCAUUUGUACACACGGAUCAAACUGUUCUUAAUACGAUGCUUUAAUUCGUUACUGACAUUUAGAAUUUGGACAAAAAUUUUCUUACCUU